CUGGGUUUAAGCCUAAGCAAACAGAAUCAAACCUCUUGAUAAGAGAUACAUGAUGCUCCUAACACACUGAAUUGAUGACUCUUCUUGGCUUAUAAGUGGGUUGUCCAUGCUAUUAACAAAGUACAAUUAGAGCAUAUGGGAGGUUAGGAGUUUCUGGAAGACAGAAUUUUAUCUUCUAGCAGCACAGCAAGAAUAGCCUGGUUUCUAGGGAGCUCCGGUUUAAAAGAUAUAAUUAAUGUCAAUAAGCAGUACUUAAUUUGAAGAAAGGGUCAAUCCUCUCCCUUGUUUUGAAAGCGAGAGCUGCUAGUUUCUAGAUUAGGCAUCUAAUUUUUAAUCACUUCUUCCCUCUGUCUUUCAGAGCAACUCAGAAUGGUCGAAAUCAGCAAAUGAACAUGGUUAUUGUCUGGCUAAAAACACCACCUUCUGCUUUCCGCAGAUUAUGCUGCUUUAAAAGCACAGGCUCAGAGGAGCCAAUUUUUUUCUGAUGAGUUUCAAAACAGCCAAGAAGCAUCUUGGAGGAUGCGCAACCGCAAAGCCCCAGAGGAAGAUGCACAUGCGACACACGUUCCAUGGGCCCCAGAGGGAGAAGUUGAGAGAACCUCCACCUCCUGGUACUUCUUCGCCCCCAUCCCUCUUCCUCCCAUCAUCAUCAUCAUCAUCAUCAUCAUCAUCCCCCUCAUUCUACUACUCAUAUGUCACCCACUCCUCCUGGCAAGGCGGGGGAGAAAGUGCCUUUAAACCCCAAGCAGUGCCAACCCAAGCAAGAUCGGAGACGGAUGGCAAAGAGAGGCAGAAGGAAGGAGAGAGAAAUCACACUCACCUUUGCAGAAGGCUUCAUCCCAGUGUGACAUGGAAGUGAAUGGAGAUUUCCAGUUCCAAAGCCUGCUAGACAAGGAGUCGUGAGAUGGGUGCCUCUCCCUGGCCUCAUGCCUCUGUUGCAGCCAAAGCAUGCGAGAAUCCCUGGAACUCUUACUACUGUGUGCAUUGCUCCAGAAGAAUGCACAGACUAGCUCCGUUGGAAGUUCAGCCAAAGAUACAUUUGCAGCAUGGCAGCAAUAUCAGCAAGACUGCAGUCAUAAGAUGUUAGCGGAUCCGCAGCCCACAGGCUUGGUAUGCAACCGUACAUUUGACAUGUAUGCCUGCUGGAGUGAUGCCCUUCCCAACACCACUGCCAGGGUCCCCUGUCCCUGGUACCUCCCCUGGUACCAGCAAGUACAAGGUGGCUUCGUGUUCCAGAAGUGUGGGGCAGAUGGACAGUGGGUGGACGAUGGGACAGGCCAUCCUUGGCGUGAUCACUCCCAGUGCGAAGCCCUCUAUGAAGAGCUUCCCUUCCAGAAGCAUUUGUGGAUUCUGGAGCAGUUCCGACUGAUGUACACAGCGGGUUAUUCCAUUUCUCUGGUGGCUUUGGUCAUGGCCCUGGCUCUGUUGUCAGCCUUCAGGAAACUUUGGUGCAUCCGCAAUUACAUCCACAUGAAUCUUUUCCUGUCCUACAUGCUGCGGGCAAUCUCCAUCCUCACCCGGGAUGCCCUUCUCCGGUUGCGUUUCCCUGAAGACCUCCAGGAUGAAGGAGACCUCUCCCGCCUUCCUAUUGCACAGGCUGUGGGCAGCUGUCGCCUGGCACAGGUCCUCACCCAAUACUGUGUCUGUGCAAACUACUACUGGCUUCUAGUGGAAGGACUUUAUCUCCACAACCUGCUGGGAUCCAUGGCCUUCUCUGAAGAGAGCUAUUUUCCAGGCUAUCUGUUUGUUGGAUGGGGAUCACCAAUUCUGUUUGUCAUACCUUGGGUAAUCGUGAGAUAUCUCUACGAAAAUAAUGAAUGCUGGGAGAGAAAUGACAACAUGGGCUACUGGUGGAUCAUUCGGUGUCCUAUCCUGCUAGCCAUCUUUGUCAACUUUGUGAUCUUCAUCCGCAUUAUUAAGAUCCUGAUUUCCAAGCUUCGGGCACAGCAGAUGCGUUACGCGGAUUACAAAAUGAGGCUGGCCAAGUCAACGCUGACCCUCAUUCCCUUGCUGGGCAUUCAUGAGGUUGUGUUUGCUCUGGUGACAGAGGAACAGGCUCAAGGCAUCUUGCGCUAUAUCAAAUUCUUCUUUGAGCUCUUCCUCAACUCCCUCCAGGGCCUUCUGGUGAGCAUCCUCUACUGCUUCCUCAACAAGGAGGUCCAAUCUGAGAUCCAAAGGAAGUGGCAGAGGUGCCAAUGGGGAGCUGGGCUGCUGGAGAAGCAAGGCCAGAGCCUGAGCCGCUGGGCAUCCUGGCGCAGCCGAAGCAGCCACGGGAAAAAGGCUGGCUUUCCAGGACAACCAGGUCUCCACAUAGGCCUUGAGAACCCAGCAGGCACACGGUUCCAGCAGACGCGCAUUGGCGGCCAAUCUUACGGCUACAUCCCCGUCAGGAUGAAGUCUGAGGACAAAGCGGAAGAGUCACCCGACCCCAAGAAGGCUCUCGCCUCCACCGCCGGUCCUGAAAACGCCAGCUAAUCCUUGGUUCCUUUUGAACAUCCAAGGGAAGUUUCGGACCUUCUGACAUUUCACAGAUGAAAACCAGGACAUGUGUGGCCAAGC